AUCGAUAUUGUCCACGAGUCCAUUCAUUGACCACAAAAGGAUCCUCAGAAUCAUGAGUCGCCUUUCAGAUUCCACAUCCCUUUAACAACACCUUCGAUCUUCACCAUUCUUACAAUCUCAAGAAAGAACUAUUAGGUCAUUUUCUUUCACAUUUCACACCAUAUCUUCAUCAAUCGAUCCUACAAUCUGUUCGUUUUGAUUUCUGUGUUAUUACUAGUUUUUUCAAUGAUGGUGGAUCCUAAUGAUACUACUAGCCUAGAAUACUGGAUGAACUUAAAGUUCUUACUUUGUUCAAUAUGGGUGUUUGGCUCAAUACUUAUAGCAUUGUUUCUAAUUUGGAGAUACGAAGGUUCACACCAUUCAAAAACUUACAAAGAGACAACUCGGCUAGAAAGGGAUUGGGAUUUGUAUGAUCGUGAAGCAUGGAUGCCGUGUGUCAAGGAGAUACACCCUGCUUGGUUGCUAGCUUUCCGAAUCCUUGCGUUUUGUUUGCUUUUUAUUGCUAGCACCGCUGAUGUUGUUAAAGCUGGCACCGACUUAUUUUAUUAUUAUACUCAGUGGACCUUUACUCUGGUUAUUUUUUAUUUUGCGUUUGGGUCACUGCUUUCAGCGUAUGGAUUGUUUUGGCAGCAUAAGAUGCUUACUGUUUGUAGCUUAGAUGUAGAUGCACAGCAAGCAAUUUAUGAGCCUCUUAAUCACGAAGAUUUGGAGAAUGCGUCACGUCAACAGGGAGGAAGUUGUUUCUUGCAAAGUGCUGCCUUUUGGGGCUAUAUAUUUCAAAUUCUUUUCCAGAUUACUGCUGGGGCAACGAUGCUAACGGAUUCUGUUUAUUGGCUUGUGAUCGUACCAUUUCUUACCAUUAAUGAAUAUCCAAUGAAUUUUUUGACAGUUCUUGCACAUUCACUUAAUCUCGUUUUCCUUCUCGGGGAAACAGCCUUGAAUAGCCUGCGUUUCCCAUGGUUCAGAAUUUCAUACUUUAUCUUCCUUACCGCCUUUUAUGUGAUCUUUAACUGGAUUGUUCAUGCCUGUGUCCAAACUUGGUGGCCAUACCCGUUUCUUGACUUAUCCGCGCAAAAUGCUCCGUUAUGGUACUUAAUUGUUGCGUUAUUGCAUCUUCCAUGCUACUAUAUCUUUGCACUUAUUGUGAGUAUCAAGUAUCGGGUAUUGGCUAGAUGGUUUCCCGAGUCAUAUCAAUGUUUGCGAUAACGUCUUUCUUCAAGAUAACACUUGGUCAACUGGACUCAAGACCAAACGGUUAAAUGUUAGUACAAAUGCUUAAGUUCAAGAACACAUUAAUAGCAAGGUUUCUAUGCUUGAUGCAUAUCCUUCCCCGCUCGAGUUCUUGCCUCAAUGUACUUUUCAUUCUGGACUGGAUCAAAAGGUGAUUUAGCAUAUAUUGUCACAUUAUUAAUUGAUUGUGAACAUGUGGAUUCUUUGGAAUUUUUGUAAGAUUCAUUUGUAAAUUGGCAAAUGCCAAUGCAUAUUAAAGGUUACAUGGUUCAGUUUGUUCAGUUG